GCUGUUGCAAGUGGCUGGUCGAGGGGAGGGCUUUCUUUAUGCGGAAAUUCUUUAAAUGGAUCUAUUUGGCUACUUACAGUCAGUAACCGGGUUAUAUCUCAAAACAUAUAAAGAGUUUAUAUGUUUAUAUCAAAACAUAUAAAUAGAAUAUCAGCAUUGCAUCGGGUUACUUGUAACGUACAAAUAAUCAUAGCCUAUCGAGUUCGCGUAGAGGGAGGGAGCUGCCCCCCAUAACUGAUUGGAGGAAAGAGGUGCCACGUGCACCAAAUGCACUUUGACCAAAAUCUUGAAUCCUAACUUGGGCUUCAUAUUUUGUCUGUAAACGCGUUUACUUUCACUUAUCGACUCUUAAGGAAAACACGGAGUGACCGGGAGGACGUGUGUUGGUGCUUGGUGCUGUUACUGUUCCUGACCGGUAUAACUUGGAGGAAGUGUUGAGGGUCUUCUUGGUUCUGUUGUUCGGACCACCAGAGAGAAGGACAAGAUGGCCCUGAGCGGCUUUGACAUCGAUGCCCCCCGCUGGGACCAGACCACCUUCAUGGGCCGCCUCAAGCACUUCUUCAACAUCACCGACAGCAGAACAGCGCUGCUGCCCGACUCGCGACUGCAGGAGGCCAAAAACCUGGUGGAGAGCUGCAGGGCUGGCUCCGUUCCCCCGGGCACCACGGAGGAGCAGCUGCAUUAUGCCAAGAAGCUCUAUGACUCCGCCUUCCAUCCCGACACGGGCGACAUGAUGAACCUGAUUGGUCGGAUGUCGUUCCAGGUGCCAGGAGGCAUGGCCAUCACUGGCGCCAUGCUGCAGUUUUACAGGACUGUGCCAGCAGUGGUGUUCUGGCAGUGGGUGAACCAGUCCUUCAAUGCCCUCGUCAACUACACCAACCGCAACGCUGCCUCCCCCAUCACGCCAAAACAGAUUGGAGUAGCCUAUUUCACCGCCACCAGUACAGCGCUGGUCACCGCAGUGGGCCUCAACCUCUACACAAAGAAAGCACCCCCCCUGGUGGCGCGUUGGGUGCCCUUCGCCGCUGUAGCUGCUGCCAACUGCGUCAACAUCCCCAUGAUGAGACAACAGGAGAUCCUCAAUGGCAUCGCUGUCACCGAUGAGAACGGCAACAAGCUGGGACAUUCAAGGAAAGCAGCAGCGAAGGGAAUCACCCAAGUGGUGGUCUCUCGUGUCACCAUGGCAGCCCCUGGCAUGAUUAUCCUGCCGAUUAUAAUGCAGAGGUUGGAGAGGUACAGCUUCAUGCAGAAAAUCACCGUCCUCCACUGCCCUCUGCAAGUCAUGAUGGUGGGAAUGUUCCUGGUGUUCAUGGUGCCGGCCGCCUGCUCGCUCUUCCCUCAGCAAUGCUCCAUCGCAGUGUCCAAGUUGGAGCCCGAACUGAGAGAGUCUAUCGCCUCAAAGUACGGAGACAAGGUCCAGUAUGUCUACUUCAACAAGGGUCUCUGAGGCUCUCCUAUGCCCCCAGAGCCCAGGAGGGGCGUACGAGUCCUUCACUAAUGAGGGAUCCUAGGACUGUAGAAAGCAGUGUAAGCAGGAGACACGCACACGGCCCAAGAGGAGAGGAAUACUGUCAAUGGGAGAUGGUUAUGUUGUGACUGGUGGAGGAAAAAAUAUAUAAAAAUACAUAAAAAAACAUAUACCGCGUGCACACACACACACACACACACACACACACACACACACACACACACACACACACACACACACACGCCUUUCUUAUUUUUAAUGACAGUAUUAUUAUGAGGGAAAUGGUUUUACACGUAUGGUCUGUUAUCACAUGAAAUCUUAAUGUCAGCUGAGCUCCCAGAUGAUUUUCUCACCUCUAUUGUUUGUGCAGUCAGUUUGCAUUCUUUGCGUUUGUGUUUUUGUUUUUGUAUGUACGUUUCCAGUUUUAAGGUGCAAAAAAGGUGAACGAAGUUUCAAGCAAACCUCAUAAUGUAUGCCUGGCUCGACUGUGUACUACGCCCUCUAGUGGUGGACAAGAGUUCCUGCAGGCAUCACACAGAAUAACAAUAAUAGACUGAUGAACUCUACGUAGAUGUAAUCAUAAUAAAAUUAUACAUCUACAUAUAUGACUUGCAAGCCAAACAUUGCCUUUCCAAUCUCUCAGGUGGCCGAUAGUUGGUUUACUUGGGACUCUCUCACCGUACGAUCAUGUGCUGAGGUCAAACCUAACCAAAAUAUAUAGUUACUGUGUGAAUCCCCCACCCUCUCCCUUUGUAGUGUACAGUACGUCCAUGUUUUAGUUUUUGUGGUUACGUCUAUGUGUUUACUUCUUGUGUCAAAUCUAUGGUUACAAUGUUGCCUUACUUCAAAAGAGGUCUCAACAUCCAAAGGCCUUAAAAUAUUAGCAAAAAAAUGUGUAUUUUCUUUGCUGGAGCUGGAAUACAUUCCUAUUAAACCCUGAGUCAGCAAUUGUGUGUUUGUGGGAAACAGUAGACCAGUCAGGUGCAUAGUCGAGAAGCCAUUUUCAAAACAAUGGAUGCGGUCAACCUGCAUGCUCAAACUUUUGAGCUCUGGGGCCUAUACUAAAAAGCUGGUUCAGGAGUAAACCAGGUUAGAUUAAGAUGUAAAUGAUCUAGAAGAGACUGGAGUGUUUAUUUACUUAAGAAAAUGAGGACUCCAGGCUUUUCUAUUGGAUGAUUUACCUCUUAACCUGGUUUACUCCUGAACCAGCUUCUCAGUAGAGUAACUUACCCCUAGAGUCUGGGGUGCAUUUCUGGAAAGCGUAGUUGUUAGCAGUUAGCAACUUCUGUAGUUUCCAGUGGGAUAUUGCAUUGCAACCAACAAAAUAGCUAACAUAGUUAGCAACUACGCUUUCCAGAAAUGCACCCCUGAUGUGCAUUUUUCAAAUCCUUCAUGUCUUUUAUUGCUUAACCAAGUGGUCAGCCGUAAGGCCACUCUGGUCAUUUAAAAAUCAUGUCAAGCUCUAUGAUAACUGUGAAUAGAACACUUCGAUGUCAUAUUUGCAAAUUAUGCAUAAAUGGAUGUUGUCAUGUGGUAGUGGAACAACAACAACAGAUUUAUCUUAAAACCUGAACAGAUUGAAGACUUUUAUGGAAUGAAUAAACAUUUUUUUUGUUUGUACUUAAUCAUA